AUGAGAAAGGUAAUUAUCAUCGAUGGCACAUAUUUGUAUGGAAAGUAUGGGGGUGUGUUAUUGAGUGCAGUUGCACAGGACACCAAAAAUCACAUCUUUCUAAUUCCCUUUUGUAUCGUCAAUAAAGACAACGAUGCUUCUUGGACCUUCUUCUUUCAGAAGUUAAAGUCUAUCGUAGAAGAUGAACCAGAUCUAUGUGUCAUCUCUGACAAGCACAUUAGAAUUGCCAAUGCCUUAUCCCAUAUAUACAGUCGUGCACAUCAUGAACUUUGCAUGAGGCACCUCGCUAAAAAUCUCUGUGUAAAUCAACACUGUGGAGAACAUCUUUAUCUAUUCUACGCCGUGGUAAAGGCAUAUUCCUUUGAUCAGUUCAACGAAAAUUUUGAGGAAUUGAACAAUAAUUACUCUGAGGCAUCAUAUGUCCUUGAAAAUGUGCUUGAUUUUGAAAAAUAUAGUAGAGCACACUUCCCAAAUAAUAGGUACGAUGUGAUGACCACAAACAUCGCUGAGUCGCUCAACUCAAUUUUGAUGGAUAAACGAGAGUACCCCAUUUUGUACAUAUUCAAUUCAAUUGCUAAAAAAAUUGGUGAAAAGUGUAAGGAGCGGCAUGCCUAUGUCGAUGGUAAAAAGAACAAAUUUGUGCCUUGUGCAGAAAAUAUCCUAAGGGAUACCAAGAAUGCGAGCGAUUCCUUGUAUGUGACUAAUCCAAAUAGGGUUCUCAACUAG